AUAUUUAUUGGUUAUUUGGUUUUCAGGUAGGUAAGAUCAACUGUCUUAUUGGGUUGAAACUCUGACUAGAUGUUUUUAUUUUGGUUAAGGAAAAGGAAAACUAAAGGGUGAAUUGAUGAAGUACUUCUUGCAACAUUUACUAUAGGUUAUCAAUUUUUGUGCAGUUACAUUAGGCUUUUUGUUUUCAAAUGAUGGAAGUUUAAAUACAAUUAUUAUGAAGAAUCUAAUCAUUAAUCUUUGAUUAGUUUUCCUUUCCACUGGAAGAUGAUGCAUUGAUUAAUAAUCAUGCAAUUUUUGUAAGCUUCUAAUUAACCAGGGAGAAAUGGCUAAAGCAUUGUUGUUCUUUUAGUAGAUUUUCGUCGAAAAUUUUGUAGGAGGAGAGGCUCAAAUAUGGCAUCCAAGUUGGAGGAAGCUUGUGAAGCCGCAGAAGAUCUUGAUUUGGAAAAUGUACCAAUUGAAGAAGUUUUUGUGAGUCUUCAAUGUACAAGAAAUGGGUUAACUUCUCAAGAGGUUGAACAAAGAAUUUUAAAAUAUGGAUACAACAAACUCGAGGAGAAAAAGGAAAACAAAAUACUGAAAUUUUUGGGGUUUAUGUGGAAUCCUCUAUCAUGGGUCAUGGAAGCUGCUGCUAUUAUGGCUAUUGCUCUUGCUCAUGGAGGGGGAAAAGGUCCAGAUUACCCAGACUUUAUAGGAAUAGUAGUGUUACUGCUGGUAAAUUCGACGAUCAGUUACAUCGAAGAAAACAAUGCUGGCAAUGCAGCUGCGGCGCUUAUGGCUCGUCUAGCACCUAAAGCUAAGGUCCAAAGAGAUGGGAGCUGGAAUGAAGAGGAUGCAGCAAGAUUGGUUCCAGGGGAUAUUAUUAGCAUCAAACUUGGAGAUAUUGUACCUGCUGAUGCACGUCUUCUUAAUGGAGAUCCUCUUAAAAUUGACCAGUCAGCACUUACAGGAGAGUCACUUCCAGUGACUAAACAUCCAGGAAGUCAAGUGUAUUCAGGUUCAACAUGUAAGCAAGGUGAGAUUGAAGCCGUUGUUAUUGCUACCGGCAUCAACACUUUCUUUGGCAAGGCUGCUCAUCUUGUUGAAAACACUCAUCAUGUUGGCCAUUUCCAAAAGGUUUUGACAUCAAUUGGGAACUUCUGCAUAUGUUCAAUCGCGGUUGGAAUGCUGAUUGAAAUCAUAGUGAUAUAUGCAUUACACCAAAGGCCAUACCGCGUUGGCAUAGACAAUCUCCUUGUCUUGCUUAUUGGUGGAAUUCCUAUUGCCAUGCCCACUGUUCUCUCUGUCACUAUGGCCAUUGGCUCACAUCGUUUGGCACAACAGGGUGCAAUAACCAAGAGAAUGACUGCAAUUGAGGAAAUGGCUGGCAUGGAUGUGUUGUGUAGUGACAAAACUGGCACAUUGACACUCAACAAGCUAACUGUUGAUAAAAACUUGAUUGAGGUAUUUUCCAAAGGUGUUGAUAAGGACAUGGUAGUGCUAAUGUCUGCAAGAGCAUCGAGGAUUGAAAAUCAAGAUGCUAUUGAUGGCGCUAUUGUAUCAAUGUUGUCUGACCCGAAACAGGCAAGAGCAGGGAUUAAAGAGGUUCAUUUCCUACCAUUCAAUCCAACUGAUAAAAGAACCGCGCUGACUUACACUGAUGAAGCUGGUAAAAUGCACAGGGUUAGCAAAGGUGCACCAGAGGAGAUUCUAGCGUUGGCACAUAACAAAACAGAAAUUGAGCGUAGAGUUCAUACAGUGAUCGAUAAUUUUGCUAAUCGUGGACUUCGAUCCCUUGGUGUUGCUCGCCAGGAAGUGCCUGAGGGUACACAAGAAAGCCUAGGGGGUCCUUGGGAAUUUGUUGCCCUUCUGCCACUUUUUGACCCACCUCGUCAUGAUAGUGCUGAGACCAUCAGAAGGGCUCUUGAUCUUGGUGUCAGCGUUAAGAUGAUUACAGGGGAUCAGCUUGCAAUUGCGAAAGAAACAGGAAGGAGGCUUGGAAUGGGCACAAACAUGUACCCUUCUUCAGCUAUUCUAGGGGACAACAAAGAUAACAGGAAUCCUGAUAUGCCACCAGUCCAGGAACUUAUCGAAAGUGCUGAUGGUUUUGCUGGUGUUUUUCCUGAGCAUAAGUACAACAUUGUAAAGAUAUUGCAAGAGCGAAAGCACAUAGUUGGAAUGACAGGGGAUGGAGUGAAUGAUGCCCCUGCCUUAAAGAGGGCUGAUAUUGGUAUCGCGGUUGAUGAUUCAACUGAUGCUGCUAGGAGUGCUUCUGACAUUGUUUUAACUGAGCCAGGCCUUAGUGUUAUCAUUAGCGCUGUUCUUACUAGCCGUUCCAUCUUUCAACGAAUGAAAAACUACACGAUAUAUGCAGUAUCCAUAACCAUCCGUAUUGUGUUGGGGUUCAUGUUGCUAUGUGUAGUUUGGAAAUUUGAUUUCCCUCCUUUCAUGAUUCUGGUGAUUGCAGUUCUUAAUGACGGCACUAUAAUGACCAUAUCCAAAGAUAGAGUGAAACCAUCUCCAUCACCUGAUCGCUGGAACCUUAAGGAAAUAUUUGCAACCGGGAUUGCCCUUGGUAGCUACCUUGCUACCAUGACUGUUGUUUUCUACUGGGCUGCUUACGACACCAGCUUCUUCGCGCAAAAGUUUGGAGUAAGAGAUAUGAACCAAUACAAACACAACUUGUCAGCACCAGGAGUCGAAAAAGAUCUUAAGGAAAGGAUGGCAUCAGCUGUUUAUCUACAAGUUAGCAUUAUAAGUCAAGCACUUAUAUUCGUCACUCGAGCUCGAGGCUGGUCUUUCACUGAAAGACCUGGUUUUCUUCUUGUUGUCGCCUUUCUCAUUGCUCAACUGAUUGCAAGUAUAAUCUCAGCAGAAGCAAGCUGGCAAAUAGCAGGAAUAAGAAAAAUUGGAUGGGGGUGGACGGGUGUGAUAUGGUUGUACAACAUCGUGACUUAUAUGUUUCUUGACCCGUUAAAAUUCGCGGUCCGAUAUGCACUCAGUGGAAGAGCAUGGCAUCAUAUGUUCAAUGAAAAGACGGCAUUCACGGAUAAGAAGAGUUUUGGAAAGGGAGAAAGGGAGGCGGCAUGGGCGGCGGAUCGGUGGACGGAACGUGGUGGCGGGAAUUCAGAAGACAUGAGGGGUUUGUUUAGUGAUAGACACUCUUUCAGGGAACUUAAUUCCAUGGCUGAAGAAGCCAGACGGAGAGCCGAUAUUGCUAGGCUAAGAGAACAACAAAGUGGUAGGUCACAGGAUAAACCCCAACCAAGUAAUUGAAGAGGGAAUUGAGUAGAAUGAUUUCCACUAUUUAACCUCCCCCAAUUGAUGGUUAUGGAUUGGAUGGGUGAAUCAUUCAUUAUCAGUAUAAUCGAGUUUUUUAAUUACACUAUUGAAGUUGUGUAAUGUAUCUAUAUUUUUUUUAAUAUAUAUCUACCAGAUUAUAUAUUCUAAAUUAUUUUUGAUCAAUUAAUACGAUGUAUUUGAGUAACGAAAUGAUUGUUUAAAAAUAAAGUAAUACGAAGUACAAAAGAUCUUG